CUGGAGGCUCCAAACUUCCACUUGACAAUGGGAAACUGGCUGGCUAACCACUGGCUUUCAGUUUUGUUUCUGGUUUCUUGGUUGGGGCUCAACAUUUUUAUGUUUGUGUAUGCCUUCCUGAAUUAUGAGAAGUCUGACAAGUACUUUUACACAAGAGAAAUUCUUGGGACUGCCUUGGCCUUUGCCCGAGCCUCUGCUUUCUGCUUGAAUUUUAACAGCAUGGUGAUCCUGCUUCCUGUGUGUCGUAAUCUGCUGUCCUUCCUGAGGGGUACCUGCUCGUUUUGCAACCGCACACUGAGAAAGCCAUUGGAUCACAACCUCAUCUUUCAUAAGUUGGUAGCAUAUAUGAUCUGCGUAUUCACAGCUAUUCAUGUCAUUGCACACCUAUUUAACUUUGAACGCUACAGUAGAAGCCAGCAGGCCAUGGAUGGAUCUCUUGCCUCUGUUCUCUCCAAUCUAUCUCAUGAGAAAGGAGAUUCUUGGCUAAAUCCCAUCCAGUCUCCAAACACGACAGUGAUGUAUGCAACAUUUACCAGUGUUGCUGGCCUUACUGGAGUGAUUGCCACAACAGCCUUGGUACUCAUGGUGACUUCAGCUGUGGAGUUUAUCCGUAGGAAUUAUUUUGAGCUCUUCUGGUAUACACAUCACCUUUUUAUCGUCUAUAUCAUCUGCUUAGGGAUCCAUGGCCUGGGUGGGAUUGUCCGGAGUCAAACGGAGGAGAGCAUAGGGGAAAGUCAUCCCAACAACUGCUCAAAUUCUUUUCUUGAGUGGGAUAAGUAUGAGUGGAGUUGCAGACGUCCUCAUUUUGUGGGGCACCCCCCUGAGUCUUGGAAAUGGAUUCUUGCACCGAUUGCUCUAUAUAUCUUUGAAAGGAUCCUUCGCUUUUAUCGCUCCCAGCAGAAGGUUGUGAUUACAAAGGUUGUCAUGCACCCAUCUAAAGUUUUGGAAUUGCAGAUGCGAAAGCGUGGCUUUAGCAUGGAAGUGGGGCAGUAUGUAUUUGUAAACUGCCCCUCAAUUUCCUUCCUGGAGUGGCAUCCCUUUACUCUGACCUCUGCUCCAGAGGAAGAAUUUUUCUCCAUUCAUAUCCGAGCAGCAGGGGACUGGACAGAAAAUCUCAUAAGGGCAUUUGAACAACAGCACUCACCAAUGCCCAGGAUUGAGGUGGAUGGUCCCUUCGGCACAGUCAGUGAAGAUGUUUUCCAGUAUGAAGUGGCUGUAUUGGUUGGGGCAGGGAUUGGGGUCACCCCCUUUGCUUCCAUCUUGAAAUCUAUCUGGUACAAAUUCCAGCGUGCAGACAACAAGCUCAAAACACAAAAGAUCUAUUUCUACUGGAUCUGCAGAGAGACAGGUGCUUUUGCCUGGUUCAACAACUUAUUGAACUCCCUGGAACAAGAGAUGGAGGAAUUAGGCAAAAUGGAUUUCCUAAACUACCGUCUCUUUCUCACUGGCUGGGAUAGCAACAUUGCUGGUCAUGCAGCAUUAAACUUUGACAAAGCCACUGACAUCCUGACAGGUCUGAAACAGAAGACCUCCUUUGGGAGACCAAUGUGGGACAACGAGUUCUCCAGAAUAGCUGCUGCUCAUCCCAAGUCUGUAGUGGGGGUUUUCUUAUGCGGCCCUCGGACUUUGGCGAAGAGCCUGCGCAGAUGCUGUCAGCGAUACUCAAGUCUGGAUCCUAGGAAGGUUCAAUUCUACUUCAACAAAGAAACGUUCUGA